GGCGUCCGGCUGCGCGCGGAGGCCUGGACCGGGCGGGCGGCCGGGCGGCCAGGUGAUGUGGACCCCUGUGCUAUUGCGGGAUAAAGGGACCCCCGCGGCGGCGGCGUCCCCCGGCCGUCCGCGCCGGUCAUUUUGACAUUAGCCCGUAGGGACCUUGGGGCAGCCCCCUCCCCAUUCCCCUUGAGCUUGCGAAGUGCCCCGAAGGAUGCAGUGAUCUGGGAGUCGUGCUCUCCCUGCGGGAGGGGCGCCGCCUUGCACUUCUGAACUCUGCUGAGGAAAAAGAAACAAAACAACAAAACCGAAAAACGUGACAAAACAAAAUCCCAGAAUGAUGUUGUCCGAGCAAGCCCAAAAGUGGUUUCCAACCCACGUGCAGGUCACAGUGCUCCAAGCUAAAGACCUGAAGCCGAAAGGCAAAAGUGGCACCAAUGACACAUACACCAUAAUUCAGUUGGGCAAAGAAAAGUACUCUACAUCCGUAGCAGAGAAAACACUGGAGCCGGUCUGGAAGGAGGAGGCCUCCUUUGAGCUGCCUGGGUUGCUUAUGCAGGGCAACCCAGAGAAAUACAUUCUUUUUCUUAUAGUGAUGCACAGGUCCCUCGUGGGACUGGAUAAGUUUUUAGGGCAGGUGGCAAUCAAUCUCAAUGACAUCUUUGAGGACAAACAAAGAAGGAAAACAGAGUGGUUUAGAUUAGAAUCCAAACAAGGAAAGAGAAUCAAAAACAGGGGUGAGAUAAAGGUCAAUAUUCAGUUUAUGAGAAACAAUAUGACAGCAAGUAUGUUUGACUUAUCAAUGAAGGAUAAGACAAGAUCGCCUUUUGCAAAAUUAAAAGAUAAGAUGAAAGGGAGAAAAAAUGACGGGACAUUUUCUGAUACAUCUUCUGCAAUCGUUCCAAGCACGCACAUGCCUGAUGCCAGUGCUGAAUUUCCAAGCAGUGAAACACAGAUGAAAUCUAAACCAAGAAAGCCUUUUCUUUUGGGUCCUCAGCGGCUCUCAUCUGCCCAUUCGAUGUCUGAUUUAACUGGGUCCCAUUUAUCUUCUGAGAAACUGAAAUCCAGUGCUGUAGGUCCGACACAUCUUCUCAGUCGCCAGAUAGAUUCCUUUGGAGUUGUUCCAGAAAGUGGGAGUCUCAAGUCUCCACACAGAAGAACACUAAGCUUUGAUACUUCUAAGUUGAACCACCGUGGCAGCAUCGUGGAUGAAGGCGAUCCCUCCUUUGGAAGACAGAGUGACCCAUUUACAAACGUGACUGCUUCGUUACCCCAAAAAUUUGCAACACUGCCAAGGAAGAAGAAUCCAUUUGAAGAAAGCAGUGAGUCAUGGGACAGCAGUGUGAAUUUAUUUUCAAAACCAGCUGAAGUAAGGAAAGAAAAUAAGAGAGAGAAAAGAGAGAAAGUGAGCCUCUUUGAAAGAGUGACCGGGAAGAAAGAUAGCAGAAGAUCUGAGAAGCUAAACAAUGGGGGAUCUGAUAGCCCCUGUGACUUAAAAUCACCUAGUGCGUUUAAUGAAAACCGGCAGGACUAUUUUGAUUAUGAGUCAACCAAUCCGUUUACAGCAAAAUUCAGGGCUUCAACUAUAAUGUCAUCGUCAAGUCCAUGCUGGCCUCAAACACCUCUCCGUUGUUGGAAUUACAGUUUUCAUAUGAAUCCAACAAGCAGUGAAGACCUCAGGAAAAUCCCGGACAACAAUCCUUUUGACGCCACGGCUGGGUACCGGAGUCUGACCUACGAAGAGGUGCUGCAGGAGCUGGUGAAGCACAAAGAACUGCUUCGGAGGAAGGACACCCACAUCCGGGAGCUGGAGGACUACAUUGACAACCUCCUUGUCAGGGUGAUGGAGGAGACGCCCAGCAUCCUGCGAGUGCCCUACGAGCCAUCCAGGAAAGCUGGCAAGUUCUCCAACAGCUAGUGGAGCCCACAGGACAGUAUUGAUAGUUGAGAAGAGAGAGUGAGAGAGAACAGGAAGGAAGAAAGGGAGUGUGUUAUUGGAAGAGACCACAGUGUUGGGUGUCACCUCCUCUCCUCCAUCAUUGGGAAGAAAUGUUGGUCCUGUACAUUUCACAGGUAUUAUCUAGAGUGACCUUUGGAGGGCAUAAAGCGCUCUGAGCUCUGACACUGAAAACGGCCAUGCCAUGGUGAGUGAGCAGUUCUGUGGCAUCAUUUGGGUGCUGGUUCUGGACCCCUGUCUGCCAUAGGCCUAGAGCCAUCUUCAACAGCCCAUGAGUUAUUCCUCAGGAACAGAUUCCAUAAAGCAGAACUGAUACUAUUGCUGGAUUCUUAGGAGUCAGUCUAGACACAGUUAGUGUCAGGAACACUGCUCAUUAUAAACACUACUAAAAAAAGCAAGUUUCUCCUAUAUAUGACUAUGUGUGUUCAAGUGUCUCUGUGUAUACAGUACAUGCAUAUACCUCAUAUACACGUGUGUUUUUAAGACAUUGAAAAACAAAUGGUUGCCUCUGAGGUUAGGAUACCAAUCUCAUAGUUUAAAAUGUGCUUUUGCAGUAUACACCCAGGAUUGCUUGUUACCAGGACCGCUCCACCUCAGUGGAGAAGCUGCUUCAGUCCACUCCCAAUUCUCUGAACCCUGAGUUUGAAGGGAUUCAUUCACUACAUCCAACUCCAGCCUCCAACAUUAACCACCACCCCCACCCCGAAGCCCUGUGCCCAAAAAUGUGUCAAGUCUUUUUAAGUAAUGGCAAAGUUUAGGGCUCUUUGUUCUCUCCACAGAAGCAGUGUUCUCCUGGUAUCUGAGUUUAUGGACGUGUAAGCAGGAGAGGGGCUAGGACAAUCUGCUCUACUGUAGAUCAUGAGCAAAGACAACAGCAGAGUCACAUCUGAAAAGGAGCUGAGGGUGGGGCGCCUGAUAACUACCCCAAGGCAACAGAAGUUCCAGGAUGAAGGGCUUGGUUUCAGGUUCAUCGGUAGUAGAACAGGUGUUGCCUUUGAGCCCUGACCAAAGACUCACCAGGCAGCGAGUGUUGAGAGCAGCCCUCACCAUCGUCACAGCAGGGGCACCCUACGGCCACCUCGAGGAAUAGAUUGUCACCAAAUUAUGGGGUCUUUGUUAAGCCCACCUGCCUAGAAUGGCAGUUUCUCCUGUGGAUUAGCUUUAUGUAUUUGUAGAAAAUUAUUCUCAAAUUUAAAAUGAAAGCAAUGAGUUAAGAAUCUCAUUGAUUCUUACUUCUUGAUUGAAUCUGAUCUUCUGCCGGUAUUUCAGCCUUUCCGCUCUAAACACUCUGAAACAGACUGUCUUUCUGAACUGAGAGUAAAGGACUGCCUGCACACAGAGACGGAUGCCAAGAACGUUCCAAACCCCGUAGUCAGCUGCAUUUUCUGAUACUAUCUCUAGUAAGACUUCACCGAAAGUUAAAUGACAGCAGAGAGUAUAGUUUUGCUGAUUUUCAUAUUUUUAGUCACAAAAUCCCUUGUUAUCUGUAUUUUCUGAGUUUCUGUGGUUUUCUAGAAAACAUGGGUUUUGAAGUGAAUUAUUUCCCAAAUACAAACUUAGAUACUUUUCUGAAUUUAAAAUAGAGAAGGAAAAAUGGCUUUUUAAAAUCAAUUUUCCUUCCACUUAUAAUUAAAGUGAUUGUAUAAUAAAUGUCAAAGUCUAGGGUAGAUUUGAUUUUCCCAUGUGAGGUCUUGGUAAAUAUGAUUUUUAAAUGGUGCCAUUUAAAAUUAACAUUUAUUAGAUGUUACCAAAUUCCUAAAAUUCUUAGAAUAUUUUCAUCAUGGCAUUUGCUGAGACUUCAACUUUUUAAGUCACCCAGAUCUGUGUUCCCAGUGCUGUGACAGAUAUCUGCAGGUGCAAUGACAUGCGCUAGCCAAAUGGUCCCUUUCCAGAGUGAGCCUGAGCUGUCCAUUGGUUUUACCCUAGGAAUAAGUUUUACAUAAAUCUCUUCUGGAAAGCUUGAUUCAAAUGCCGCGGGUCCCUUUUACUGAGAAGUGAGUUACAAAGGCACAGUUUUUUGCCUUCAUAAGAACUCGCGUCCAUGGACUUAUCUGCCCUUAGUGACUGGCGAGGCUGAACGGGUGUGCCCUCUUCAGAGUUUGAGAUGAAGCUUGUCCAGUGGUAGGCUUAUAGGCAGUGAGGUUUAUCUGAGACACAACUAUUGUCCCUAAAUUAAAAAACAAAAGUCUAAGACAAAAUAAAAAGUAUCCAUCUACACUCUGUAAAAUGUUAUAUUCACUAGUGAACUUCAUGUUUUUGUCAUCGGUCAACAUAACAUAGAAGUAAAACAAACGAAACAUAGUGUGUGACCGUGCCUGAGUGUAAGUGUGAGCCGAGAAGGCGAUUGGUUACUUUCCAGAUGGCACCGCGGAACUUUCUAGUGGUUUAUUUUGUAUUAACUUGUAGUGGAAAUAAAAUGUAUGUUUCAGUAAACAGUGCAUGCACCAAUAGAUUUUUUUAAGGGAAAUUUUAUUUCUACUUGUAGCCUAAAAAUACAUGCUCAAAACCACUUCUACAGACAGAAAGAUUUUUUAAAAUCCACAGAAUCAACACUCUCUCAAGUCUGAUUUAAGCUAACAUACUCUGUUACAUAAUUAAACUAUUUUUUACAACAAUAGUAUUUUACGAUCAGUCUCUUCCCAGUUCUAAGCUCAUGCUUGACAGUAUUGCACAUCACCUGGCUGCUGGGCUUUCGGUGUUGUUUCCCUUGAAACCUGAGGUCCUUGCUCAGACUUGUACAUAAGAUGCCGUGUAACCCAUUAGUGGUGAGUGUUGGGAGCAUUGGCCUUUGCUGCUGUCGUCUGCAUUGACCCCAGUUUUUUCCUCCUUCCCAUGAACGUAGUAUUAUUCAUAGAUUAUACAUAACUAUGUGUAUUGCUUUUGGCAGUAAAUCAAGAUCUAGUUGUAAUUUUCCAGCAGUGAAAAUGUCGCCUUGUAUUUAAAAGGGUUUCACGAGUGGAAACCUAAGUAAAUAAGCUCAUUAGUGACAGGCCUGCUUUCUCGUGUCCCUGUUACCAUCUCCCCACUCCUGCUGCAUCCUACUCCCCACCCCCAUGUGAGUGCUUAUUCUUGAACAAGGAGUCGUAAAACAAAAAAUAAGGCAGACUUGCCGUCAGUAAGUAUCUGUAGUAACUGUUACACUAAAGCUUUUAAUUUUACUGGAUAGCUUAUUUCCCCUAAAAAUAAAAGCAGCUUACCUUGGAUUGGGAAAGCAGGCCAAACUCCUUGCCGUCUAUGUGCUCAUCCUUCCUAAAGGUGCAGUAGGGUGUCACUCGCCAUGUGUGGGUGAGGUGUGAGCAUGCCCAGUCACUUGAUCUGCUCAGCAGAGAGCAAGACUGACUACACUGGGAGCUUGCGGUGGUAUGGAGAGGGCCUGUCAAGCACAUACUGAAAGCCCCCAUUUUCACAGAUUUGUAACUUUAAUAAUCCAGAUGCUGUCCUUGGAAGUAUUUAAUAUGCAAUAGGUAGCACCUUCACUAAUUAAUCUGCAUACGAGGGGCUUCCUGAUGUAUUUAAAUAAGAGUGUAGAAGCUCUUCAAGCAUUAACUAAAGUUGACAUUUUAUUUCAUUUACUUUUCUCUGUCAAAAAAAAAAAAUCAACCCUUACAAGGAAUAGAAAAUCUGUACUUAAUGGCACAUCUGGAGCUUCUGGAUGUAUGUAUUUUGAGGG